AUCGUGAGUCCGCCCGUCAGAAAUUCUGCGCCUAAGACUUGUGCAAAUGAGUUUUUUAUCCUGAGUGUAUCGAACGCGUCUUUAUGUCGAAACCGCGCAAAUCCACCCUUGCCUCCUUCAUCACCCCCCGAGUAUGAUCGGCCCACCAAUCGUGUUUCGGUUCUGCCUCUACGCAACACCUUUGGCACAUCAUACACCUUUGAGCUUGAUGAUAGACCAUUCUCCAUCCCGCAGCCUGCUGCUCCAGCAUCCGCCAUGGCUCAAUAUCCUGCAGCCUAG